AUUGGAUACAAUCCCCGUCUGAAAACCACGUGGAGGAGGAGAGAGAGAAAAUGGCUUUACACGUACCCAUGUCAGGACUUUCCAGUAUGCUCAAGGAUGGAGCACAACAUUAUAGCGGAAUACAUGAAGCUGUCCUAAGGAAUAUUGAUGCUUGUAAGCAAAUCUCUAAAAUAACUCGUUCUUCUUACGGCCCCUGUGGUAUGAAUAAAAUGGUCAUUAAUCAUUUGGAAAAACUCUUUGUGACAAACGAUGCAGCAACAGUCAUCAAAGAACUUGAGGUUGAACAUCCAGCUGCCAAGAUGCUAGUCAUGGCAAUGCAAAUGCAGGAUCAAGAGAUUGGCGAUGGUACUAAUUUCGUGUUGCUGUUCAGUGGAGCAUUGCUUGAGUUGGGUGAGGAUCUGAUAAGGAUGGGGCUCUCCCCUAGUGAAGUAAUUGAAGGCUAUAAUGUAGCAAUGAGAAAAGUAUUGGACCUUUUACCAAAUUUGGUGUGUGAUACAAUUAAAGAUCUAACGGAUACAAAAGGGAAUGUACUGAAAGCAUUGAGCACUGCAGUGGGUAAUAUGCAGUACGGGAACAGCACAUUCUUUGCUGAACUAGUUGCCAAGGCUUGUUCUCUGGUCCUGCCAGAAAAUCCUGUUAAUUUUAAUGUUGAUAACGUUCGAAUUGCUAAAAUUUUGGGGUCUGGUGUACUCAAUUCUUCCGUUGUGAAUGGGCUCGUCUUUAAACGCCUAGUUGAAGGCGAUGUUACUAAGGCAACAAAUGCAAAAAUAGCUGUUUAUUCGUGUCCGUUUGAUGCCAGCAAUACAGAAACAAAAGGGACAGUUCUAAUUAAUACUGCUGAAGAGUUGAAGACAUUCAGUAAAGGAGAAGAAGCACUCAUUGAAUCACAAGUGAAAGCAGUUGCUGAUACUGGUUGCAGUGUUGUUGUCACUGGUGGCAAGGUUGGUGAGAUGGCACUUCACUUCUUAAACAAAUAUAAAAUAAUGACAGUCAGAUUAUUAUCAAAGUUUGAUGUUAGAAGAGUCUGUAGAGCAACAGGAGCUACUGCUUUACCUAAAUUAGUUCCUCCAACUGCCGAUGAGUGUGGUCACUGUGACUAUGUAUCAGUGGAAGAGAUUGGAGACACUAAUGUUGUUAUAUUUAGACAAGAUAAGAUUGAGAGUCGAGUAGCCACUAUAGUUAUUCGUGGGUCCACCGAAGGACUAAUGGACGACGUUGAGAGGUUAAUGGAAGACGGAGUGAACACUUUCAAGGCUCUGACAAGAGACGGACGACUUCUGCCCGGAGGAGGAGCAACAGAGAUAGAACUGGCCAAUACUUUAAUGAAAUAUGGAGAGACUUGUCCCGGAAUGGAGCAAUAUGCCAUACAGAAAUUUGCAGAGGCUUUUGAAGUCAUUCCACGUGCACUGGCUGAGAAUUCUGGCUUCAAACCAAAUGAAAUAGUAUCCAAAUUAUAUGCUGCUCAUCAAAAAGGGGAUAAGACAUUUGGUGUGGAUGUUGAGAGUGAUGAUCCUAACAUUAAAGAUGUCUGCUCCUCUGGAGGUAGUCCUGUGUAUGACUUGUUCUCAACGCGUUACUGGGGAAUCAAGCUAGCAGCCACCACUGCAUGCACUGUACUAAGAGUUGACCAGAUUAUAAUGGCAAAGAGGGCUGGCGGGCCUAAACAGAGAGAAAACAAGAACUGGGACGAUGAUGAUUGAGUGGUUAAUGAUGAUACGAGUAAUUAUAGUGUAGCUUUUUGAUUUUGAAUAUAAAAACUAUCAGUACAACCAAGACUA